AUGGUUUUUAGAGCAGUCCCCGUCAUAUUCAGUGCGCGAGACAGCGGGAACUUCACCUGGGGCUCAGAGUGUUGCACUCGCAAAACCAGGACCAUUGAUGUUUUGUACAUUGCCUCCAACAAUGAGCUUGUGAGAACCAAGACCCUGGUGAAGAGCUGCAUUGUUCUGGUGGACAGCACACUGUUCAGGCAGUGGUAUGAAGCCCACUACGCCAUUCCACUGGGCCAUAAGAAAGGGGCAAUGCUGACUCCAGAAGAGGAGCUCUUGAACAAGAAAUGGUCAAUGACGGUUCAGAAAAAGACUGAUAGACGCAGGAAGAAGAGCAAGAUUAGCAGUUUGCUGGAGGAGCAGUUCCUGCAGGGCAGGCUUCUUUCCUGUAUUGCGCCCAGGCCUGGCUAUUGUGGCAGAGCAGGCGGACAUAUCUUGGAAGGGAAAGAGCUGGAGUUCCACCUCCGGAAGAUCAGAGCCAAGAAAGGCAAAUAGACUCAAGCAAAAUUUGUUUUUAUGUGAUUAGGAAAUAGCUAAUAUCUUUGUUUCUUUUUCCCUGAAAUAUUGCAUUUUGCACAAUUUAAAAUAUAAUGCGCUUUCACUCACCUGAGUAUGAUCACAUCUGUAUCCCGCACUAACUACAGCUUCAUUUUACUAUUAAUAACUACUGUUUAUUGUUUUUUUCUUUGUUCUAUUUAUUUCAGUCACUGUCACUUUAGCUCACCUUUUAAGAGUCCAAAUUAAAUCAAUAAAUUAUUGAAUCUUGAAUGUGAAUCUUUCAGAUUCCAUGUUAAAAAAAAAUAAUUGUGUGAAAUAUGAAUAAUUUUUUUCCC